UUUACCUAAUUGUAAUUAUAUAAGAGCAAGUCCUUCUAGAGUGUCAAUUUUGUAUGCUUCUAAAAGUUUUGAACAAAAUUUUUUCUUGUGGAGCCAAGACGAGUGUCAACUUCAUAUAGAUCUGAGGCAUAAGGAUUAGGUCGAUUAGGUUAUAAAAUUUGAUGUGAGCAGCAGAUCACUGUCAGAAAAUUGUAAGCCGCGGGGGAAAAAAUAUCAUGUGAAUAUCAAGAGCGUGUAGGUGAGAUAAAGUUUAAAUCGUUGGCAACGCAGGCCCCAUAUAUUUAUAUAUCAGCUCAGUCAGGAGAAGGAGUUUUUGAGAAAAAAUUUUACUGCCAAAACCGUGUCACCCCUGCGCGCAUCAUUUUUGCGAAGGAGAAGGGAAAUAAAAUUUGCAUGGGAAUCACUUGGAGGGAGAAAAUGCGUGCGUGCGUGGCCCAUGACAUGCAACAAUGGCUUUGUGUUUUCUGAUUCUGACAGAGAGUUGAAAGUUGAAUUAUUUCCUUUUUUCUUUUCAAUUUUAUAUUUCCAUCAAUUUAAGUUUAAUCCGUAGCAGAAAACAAUGCGUAAAAAAAACUCGUUUUGAACUGAUAAAUGAGCAAAAAAGAUCUGUUGAACGAUGGAAAAAUUAACUUUCAGAACGCUUAAAUGUUUGGAAAAUUAAAUUUGUAGGAUUUAAUUUUCUUUCAUAAAUUAUAAAUUUUUUUAUUUUUUAUUAAAUUACGCCGUUGAUUUAGAAUUUUACAAGUUGCAAGCGCAAUAAACGACAAUUAAAACCCACGGAAUUCAGUGUUGAAAAAUAUGUUCAUUGAAAAGAAAUGAAAAAUAUAGUUUGAAGCAGGUUUGAAGCAAUUAAUGUUAAUUUAAUUAAAAUUGUGUUUUGCUUACAACAUGAAAUUAUUAAUUCAUUCAUUCUUUGGUAAAUAGUCUAUGGAUUUUAAAUAAUUUUUACGUUAUUUUAAUUAAUGAAGUCUGCAGUCGAUUCUGAAUUUCAAUUUAAAAACACCUUAAACUGUCUGUAAAAACAUCUUAAAAUAAAUAAGUUUGUAUUUGUCUAAGUCUUUGUCAUUUAGCUGAUUUUAACUUUUCUUGCCCGAAUUAACCGAAUUUAUUUCAAAUUAUAUUUUAUAAAAAAUUAUUUCGCAAUAUUUGUACUCACAAUACUGAUGCAAGAGAAGCAGUCAAGAAAAAAAUGAAGUCCAGAAAGUCCUCAUUCCUCAUUCGUCCUGAAAUUACAAGUACAAUUAAACGACGAUAAUUAUAAUCAAGCAUGAUUACAUUUCAAGAGUGUAAAAUUCAGAUGAGUUCGCCUCACUCUCCAUUUAUUGAAAUGGGAGAAGUCUUGGUGGAGAAAGAGAGAAGAAUUCAACAUGAUUCAACAGGCGAGAAGGCAAAAGUAGGCACUUUUUCCAGCACCCUCCAGUUUAAACCACGUGGUCUCAUCCACGGCAGACCUUCUUUGUCGCCGGCCUGCCUGCCUGCUGCAUUCUCCUUCCUUCCAUCACAUCAGUCUGUUUCUGUUUUCAGUGUUAUUGUGACGUGUGUUGUGUUGGAGAAAAGCGCAGCCGAGUGAGUGAAAACAUUUCGGCUGCCUUGUGAAAAAAGGACUAAAUAGAGAAACGGCAAAGGCACUCCAAUUUGGGCUUUUGCAAAUAAGGACGACAGAAAUCUCACAGUUUAUCAAGAGAGCUAAUUUCAGUCUCCCAUCGAAGUUUUGAUUUUGAAAAUAAGCUUCAGAUUUCGUUUGAAAUACACGUGGUUUUGAGGUGUUUCCAUCGUGCAUCGCCCUCUGAUAUUGAGAUGGGUGAUGCUGCAAUCAGUGUCAAGGACCAAGACAACGCCUACGAAAGGCCCUUGCUAAAUCUGAAACUGCAGGUCAAGACCGAACCUGGAGAUUUUCAGCCCUCGCCAGUGCUCAUAAAAACUCCUCCUCCGUGGGCAAAGAAGUUCACCAGUACCAUUUUGGCUCCUAUAAGCAAUGAAAAGUGGAAGGCUGUGCAGCCGACCAUGAAGGGGGUGGACGAGUUUAUACCUCUGCAAAUGAACGAGGAGGAAAAGGUCACUGCUGCUGUUGAGCUCACCGUCAUGAAGAUGCUGACCGAGAUCAGAGACAGGGUGGAGAAAGAACAGUUAAUUAACACCGUAAAUUCAACGUCAGACGUAGAUAUGGGCACAGAGUGUGAGGACGAACACGAAGACCACUUGUCAAGCGGGAAUGAGACGGAACAGGAAGCUUCUGGUGCAAUUCAAGAGGUGCAGGAAAAUAAUAAUCAAGAAUACAUCACCCUUGAGGAUGAAGAGGCUGGCAUUGAAGAGUUUAAAUCAACGUCCCUCCAAGUCAAAAUAAAGUUGGAGAAAAAUUCCACCAGCACAAAGACUUCCGAUGGUCCCAAGAAGAAAGAAAGUGUUUCUCAGUGUGAUCUGCGAAAGAAAUUAAUUGACCUGCGAAAUGAAAACUCAACUGACCAGAAGCGCAGACGAAGUUCAUCACUAGAGAGUUCCGAGCAUAUUAGCCACUUGCCUACAAAACCAAAAGUUCAAAAACUACGGAAAGAUCAAGUUAAUAUUUUGCCUAUUGCUGAUGAUCUCAAUAAAAUGCGUAAAGACAGAAUAGGUACUGAUUGUGAAAUCAAAGUGCAGGAUGAGACAUUUUACUGCCACUCAAUUAUCUUGAAAAGAUGUGAGGGUAGCUUCUUCCGAGACAUUCUGAAUGAAGAAGUUGGAUACAUUUUGCAAAUCGAAGAUAUUAGUAAGGAGACCUUUGAGAUCAUCUUGCAGUAUUUGUACACAAGCAAAGUGGAUUUGAUGUCUCUUGACGAAGCAGAACAAGUGCUUGCAGCUUCUGUGAUGUUGGAUCUGAAAGAGCUCAUUGAACACUGCACACGGUUUUGUACUCAACAGUUGGGAGAAACAGAAUCUUCAUUUUGGAAAAAGUUAGAUGAACUGCUUAAAGAUCAGCCACGUCCUUAUCAGAUUUGUCUCUUUGGAGUUGGGUCUUUUAACAAUCUGCUGACAAAAAAAGAAUUCCUUUCGAUCAGCUACAACACACUGCACUUUGUUGUGGAACAAAGUUACCUCUCACGUUGCACUGAGAAAACACUGAUCUUGUAUGUGGAAGAAUGGGCCACUUAUCACCUCAGAAACGCAAACAUCGAAGUCAACUUUGAAAACUUGAGGUCCAUUAUCGGCCCUGUUUUCUACAAACUGCGUUUCCUUAGUCUCGGCAAGGAAGAUCUUUUGGAGCUUUUCAAGCAAUCACAAAUCAUUUCCGAGAAGGAGAAACUUGCCAUUCUUGAGAGUUACGUCUCUCAAAUCGACGAGCCCCCAAAUGAAAACAUUUGUCCCAUUAAAGCAGUCAGAGACUGUACAAGGGCAUCUAUCCUCCACAUUCCAAAAUACUCGCACAGCACCAAAUACAUCUAUGUUAACUCAUCAAGCACAAAGUGCUCAUUUGUGUUUGCUCCCAAUGUUGACAUGCUGCUGCUCGGUUUUCAAUGUUACUCCAGGAUUUCAAAGCAAAACGCCAGAAAGAAAAAGGUGUACAAUGAGAUGAUGACAGCGCAAGUGCUUCGAUUGGAUGGCAGCAAUAUCGAAAUUCUGAGAGAAGUGACAACUUCGGACACAUUUGAGUACGAUUCAUACUUGUCUGUGAAAUUACCUACUCCUGUAACAUUGAAGAAAAGCAAAACCCACAACUAUGCCAUCAAAAUAAUCCUACAGGGUUCUGGCACUUAUAAACUAGUGGAAAACAACUACCAUGAGUUGAAACCUUUCAUUGAUCACUACAUCGAGCCCCUAAGGAGUGAGUGGUGCUGGGGGAAUGAUGGAAUUUUUACCUCAUUGAGGUACAAAGUUCUGAAAUAA